UACUUGAACAGCCAUGAUGACACCAGUGAAGCAGAAAAGGAAAGCAGACGACAUGUUCGAUUCUCCGUGUCAAACACCGGCAAAGCGGCGAGUGACAAACAAACCAAAGAAACGCUUAUCGAUACCGGGCGCAUUUCCAACAGCGGAGCCUUCCAGUCAAGAAACACCACAAAGAUCUGCGCACUCUGUUGUUUCCGCAAGAAAAGCCGAUAAUCGACAACCCAGGACUGAAGUAGCAGCUCAACUGCCUCGGGCACAUUCCAAGUCCACAACUUCAUCGAACAGAGUGCAGAAGUCCACAACUCGUCAGCCUUCAACACCCAGAAAGCAGCGGUCUAGCAAGAAGCUCUCAGUUGUCACUCCUAAAGCAGAUCGACAUGCAAUGCGCCCAGAUGUCACCUUGCGGUUCUCGUUCAGCACUCAACCGAGAGAUGCUCAAGGUCCCCUGAAGAAAGGUAGAAGAAGAGGGCGGUCUUCGAAUCUCGAGGAUACGCGACCAUAUAAGCCCGUGCUAUCUCCGAUCGACUCGCCCACCAAGCGCCUUACUCCCAGCAGACCAGGCAAAGAAGACAAGGUCCUGAACAGAAGCUUCUCCGAACUACUCGUCACAACCGCGCAGAACAAUUUUACCGGACCUCUACACCAUGACUAUUCAGAAACGCCGUCGGACCUCUCUUCAGAAUCCAACCACGAACCAAAGGUGCCAGAUCCAUCUGUCUUCUCACACCCCACCAGAAAGCGCGAAGGCUACGGCUUCAGCUACUCGGAACCUCUGUGGUACGACUCGGACGAGUACCCGGAUACAGAGUGUGACUGGGACCCGAAUAACGAGGAGCAAGCCCCGCCGUUUGAUGCGCUCUUUGAUCAAGACAGUUCAUUCGACGACAUUGUCGUCAUGAGGGAUGUUGGCUCUUUCCAUGUAGCCAAACCCCAGCGUAUUCUCCAAUGUACAAAGGCCACAAGAGAAGACACCGUACGCUUAAAACAGCGGGCGAAGAUGCUGUUCAAGUGGGACGAAAGCGGUGACGUGUAUUCCUCCCUGGUAGGAAGACUAGAACGGAUGGUAUACAACGACUUGGAGAGGAAAAACAGUGACCGCGAGGCUUCGAUACCGUCCGUUGUGCAGUGCGCAAGCAAGCUGAGAGACUUCUUGCAACGGAACAAGGAAGAGCGGAUCGAGACGGGUGAGAGCCGCCGUGCGGUCGAGCAUGAAAUCGAGUGGGCAUCGUGGCUUGUGGAGGCAAGUCGGACGGGUGUCAUGCACUUGAAGACCAAAGGCUGCAGUUGUCGGCCGGACUGGGAAGAAGAAUGAGCGGCUUUUGUAUCGCGCGACAACCCAGUUUGAGCCUUGUGACUACUACAACGCACGUUUCCGCUAUUGACUUGCAACCAUUGUCAUUACCAGGGACUAGACGCUCAAGGCUGGUCCUUGUACUCGUACGCUACGCAUGCGACCAAUGCGCAGAUCAUUAAUGCGAACAACCCGCCCACUGGCCAAUCCUUUGUUUCGCUAUUACUACCUUUUCUACACCUUCGGCUUUUCGUAUUCAAG